AUGUGCCCACAGUACUUGAGGUCACCGCAAGAGAGCGUUGGUUGCUGUCACGGUGCGUGCCUACGAAAGCAAGCCCUUUGGUCUGCGUUGAAAGAAAGCAGAGUUGCGGCGGAGAAAGACGAGAUGUCUUACAUAGCUGAUUUUGCUGCAGAUUCCGCCCGAAUUGUGGAGCAAGCAGGAAUUCACGCUCAUACUGCGUCAUGUUACAAGUAUGAAAGCGGACGUGAGCAGGAUGGCAAGCCAGAACAUUGCCGCUUUGGGUACGUCCAUUUUGUGACUUUGUGGUGUUGGGCCAUUGUUUUGCGCCGUGGCAAGCAGGUGAAAGCAGCCGUGCAGCGAGUGUUUGCAAGAUUUGGCAAGGAGCCAGUACUUCCCAAAGGGUACAUGCCUACACCUUUCGAAAAAGAACAUGGCAUUGCGGCAACGUUGGACAUGUUUGCCCCACACCAUCCGGGACUGGGAAGUCAGAUCAAUGCCAAAGAAAGCUUGGACCGACCUGGCCGCAUUCAGACGGUGCGUGUGCAUCCAAGAGAGACAUCCACCUUGGUGAGCGGAAUUGUCUCCCAUAGGGGCAACUUGGACUAUCAGGACUUGCGGACUGUCCUGGACGAUGCCGAUGAUGACAACGUUCCGUUGCCGCCCGAAAUCAAGGUGCAUCGCCAAGGCCCGUUGCAGCCCUGCCGUUCGUUGCUAGUGAACGGAGGUGUCACAAUGCCCCAAGCCUAUACUGUCCGUUUCCUCGGGAGCUGCUUGCAAAAAGAAGAGGUGAAGGCCUUGAUGGUUGCUACCCGUACUUUCUAUUGGAUGUUGGAACCUAGAGCUGGAGUAGCUGAAAUGCCACGGGUGGGCGACCGGCAGCGUGAUGCAAGCUGGAAGAUUUUUUCCAGAGCUGUGGUUGACGGCAUUGUUUCGGCAAUGCGAAGUGCAGUGCAGAUUAGCUUCUACAUUUGUGACUACUCCACUAAACCUAAUGUGACAUCGGGCCGCGUUUUGCAGUACAUGCACAAAGGAAUGCAACGGUUGGAGGCAGAACUGCAGGAGAAAGAGUGCGUGCAGAAAGUGUUGGAGCUCGAGGCUGCUGGUUUCUUGGAUGAUCCUGGCCGAUUGCCUUCCGGUGUGCAAACUUUGGAAGGUAAGAAUUUGUCUGAGGCCGAAAAAAGGCAAGAGAAGGUGAGACGCAUUCUGAUCCGCCUGUGGAGCGCUGCAAACUAUUCUUAUUUGAAAGGACAUGAAGCUUUGCGAAGAGAAGAAACCAAAACCAUGGAAGUAGGAGAGACAGAGGAAGACGUGGCCCUAACCCUGAUCGAAGUGGAGCAAGCGGAUGGGAAGUAUAGUGUCCAAGUGAGCAACGAUGCAUUUGUCGACGAUUGGUACCACCGUGGCCCAGACCUUGCUUGGAUGAGCCAUUAUCUCUACGCGAUGUAUGUCAGGGUUGUGCCGAAAUCUGAUGGCCUGCGCUUUCAAUGGAGCUUUGCCUUUGUGCACCAUUACAAGAAAUAUGCUGGCUUCGUACAGGUGCUCGAACCAUCUCCACGAGUUCCUUACAUGGUUGGCUUCACCAUGCCCACGAGAAGCGCGGAUCCUGCCACGAAUGCUUUGUAUCAUCUGUGCUUGAUGAAGCCGAGCAGAGUGUGCAAAGGGUGUUGCGAAGAUGUGGCUUGGCUAGCAGGUCAUGUGUUGUCAUCUGUGGCUGGGUCACAGCAAGGCAUACUCUUUGGAUACACAAAGCCUGCCGGGCAAGCUCAGCCUUCCAGGGGCGAGCGACGUUUCACAGAAGCGUGGAAAGCUUGGGAGGCAUUGCAACUGACCCGAGCAGAGCGUGCUUGGGCAAAGUUGAAACUGGAGCGUCGUGUGGGCGUUCUGGAUGAUGUGGCGCCAUUCCGAGAAUGGUAUGUGCCUGGUUGCAACAGAAAGACCAUUGUGCAGUCAUCAUGGCUUUUGCCUUGGUUGCGAGGCGGUUUUCGGCAUUGCUAUAAAGGUCCCUGGGGACAAAAGAGGAGGACGCGAUCCGACAUCAAUCCGAUAUACAGCAAGGCGCAAUUUGUCAAGCUGCAUCCCACAAGUGUGGGGGUACUGCCAGCAUUGCCACAUGUGGUCGCAGUUUGCAUUCUUCGUUUUGCUGGGAAUGUGAAAGGUGAAGGGAAUGAAGAUGUGGUUAUAGCAGACACACUUGAUGCCCAGGACAAGGCUGCGUCAAGUUGCAGAACAGAUGCCCAGAAGACGGUGGUCAGAACAGGCACCGGGGUUCAUGUGAACCAAUUGUUUCCCGAAGAGUUUGGUGCCAGCAUCACAGCAGAGGUGUCAUGGAAUAUGGAUUUGCUUGCUGAAGCUCGCAAAAGACCACGCCCAAAUGCAGUCGCUGUCAGCAACGAAGACGAAGAUGAUGAUGCGGGUGGAGCUGUCGUGGGAAAACUGUUGGCCGCUGAAGGAGAAACCCCGGGCGGAGAAGCAGGAGAUGAUUAUGAUGUUGUAGUGGAGCAGCCAUAUUCCGAGGAAAAAGGCUUACAGUAUAAACCGCACCUGGAAAUACAAGAUUGCGAUGUCCUUGAGAUUGCUCACAGACUAGAUGGCUGGAGAGACGGGCGAGGUCAAAAAGACAAUGUCUUGAAGUUUUUCCAGAACUUUCGCGAUUUUUACGCUGAAGAGUUAAAGGCAGCAUGCCCUUGCGAGAUGAGGAUGCAAAAACAGUUCUGUGGUACAGAUGGCAUGAGUUUGGCAGACUGGAUUUCACAGCGAAAUCAAAUGCUUCGAGCACAGAAAGAGUUGAAGAAUAACCGUGAGAAGACAGGCCCAGGCGGUGGAGAAUCUGAAUCGGAAGAUGAUAUACAGAGUCGUGUGAUUACCAGUGAAACAGAUGUGCCGAAAAUUCAUGUAGUAUUCACUUUCGAAAAUGCCAUUGAAUCGCCAGCUGAGAUGGCACGCCGGUUGGCGUGUCAAAGUGGGGCAGCUUGGGACAGACAGCAAUAUGAAAUGAUCAUUUGUUGCGUGUGGCCUUUGCACCGGGUCUGGGAAUAUGCUCUCACAGAGCGUCGUCUGAAGGAGUGGAAUUCUGUGGAAGGCCGCUUACAACUCAUCCAGGAUGCGCAGGUUCCACCUGUCCGUGUAUUCGCACAUGGAGCUGGCGGGUCAGGGAAAACUUAUUGCUUGACUAAAGUUGUCAUGGCCGUUUUUCAGUGGUUUAUGCCAGGGCAAUGUCGUAAGCAAGCUUCCACCAACAGUGCUGCUCGCCUGAUCGCAGGCGACACCAUGCAUGCUUGUGCAGGGUUACUGAAAAGUGCAAAGUUUACAGCAGAGGAACCGUCCCGGAAGGUUCAGAACAAGUUGAAAACGACUUGGGGGACUGCUGUCUUUGUUUACAAUGAUGAGGUGGGUGCUGCCGCCCCUGGACUGUAUGGAACUUUGUCGUCUCGUGCAUACUGGGGAAAACGGGCUGCGGGGCAAAUUGAAGAUGUGGGGCCGAAACAAGCACCUUUUGGAAAUCCUUUGCUACAUGUUGACGCAGGUGACUUUGCCCAGCUCCGGCCAGUGCCGAAAGGGAGCCCUAGCCUCAUGGAAGCAUUUCUAAUGUCCCGCAAAGAAUAUGCGAAUGAAGGCCGCGUGCGGCCAUUGACCGACAUGGAGAUGUUAGGCCUGAAAACUUUUGAUUUGGUUGCGGAGACCUGCGUAGAGUUUAAAGGGACCUACCGAUUCAAGGAAAACGAUCCCUUGAUCCGUCUGCUGCAGAUUAUGCGCACUGUCGGCGGCGCAGAAGUACCAGAGACAUUGAGGCAACAAAUCUUGAGUCGUAUUCAAUUGGGUGGCAAAGAUCCACGAGCAAAGCUAUUCUAUAGAUUCCCUAAAUCGGUGCUUGGAUCGGAUGUUUUUUCAGACAAUAACUUUUGCAACGGGAUGCACAGUGCGGUGAACUGGGAGCAGGUUUCGCGGAUGCAGCAAGUGUGGGCUGCCCGCAACGCCCGUGCUAGUCGGGGUCCGCAAGCUUUGCAAAAUAGCCGUGCAGGAGAACCACAGUAUUAUUGGGAAACCUUUUGCCCGUAUUUGAGUCGCGCGCAUUGGAGAAUGGCGCCGGUGUUCGAAAAAUGUCUGGGAAGGCUAUCGGCAUCUCGUGGCCAACUUCUGUUCUUAUCACAACGUGUUGACAGAGCACAAGCACAGCAACAUGCUCAUGACAAGGCUUUGCUACGCAGCGCUCUACGGCAUGUGAACAUGACUGAUACAGGGAGGCAACAGGAGAAAUAUUACAGAUUGGCUUCCACGAAGAAGAACGGUAUGGUUUACCUCGUCAGUUGCACAGGCGUGUACUUGGUGGAGCCUACCAAUGCUGACUGGGAUUUGCAAUACCAAGCAACUGCCAUAGUCAACCAUCCCAAUGAAGUGCCGAAGCGCAAGAAAGUCCCUAGAAUCAAGGUUGGCCUUCGAAGUUCUCAGCUACCCAUAGCUCCAGCUGGGGUAGGAACCUUUAACAACAUGCAAGGUAAAACGGCCAAAGAUGAGAAAUCAGUGCCAAUGGGCCAUACUAUUGACCUGAAACUGCUGGAUGGCAAUGAUGACAAGUGGUUGCACUACUACAUGAUUCUUGGAAGGGCCACGUCCCUCGCAACAACCUUGCUGUUAAAUUUUCCGGAGGAUGCAAAUGGGGAACCAGAUUGGACCAUUUUUGAAAAUGGCCCUCCCGAGUAUUUGAUCCAUGUCUUUGCUGAAUUGGAGAAACGAUACGAAAAGACCCAAAAGCUUGUGACGCUGCGCCAAGCAGAUCUGAAAAUCUUUCCUUCUUUCGCUUGCCUGCCAGCUCGGCAUAAAGGUCUGGGAAACGAAUAUGUGUACAACACUGCUGAGUGGGAUGCUGCCGUGGCGCAGCGGUCGCAGAAGAGAAAACCGGACAGCAGCCACCGGAACUUAGCGGAACGUUUAGAGAGACGGGCAGAGGAGCCGCCGAGAAGAAAACGGAAAUAG